UCAGGAGGGAGCCCCGCACCUCCCUCACUUCUGACAACUAUUUAGCAACUGAGCUCAGCUAAAGUUUCCAAAAAGUUAGAAUAACUUCCUCUCUCCGAGACCUCAAUUUUUUUGCACAACCCUGGUCCUUGAAAUAAGAGCCCUUCAAGCAACCUGGAAAACGUUUGGUCAGCAAAAAAAAAAAAAAAAAAAAAAAAAAAAGGGGGAAAAAAAGAGAGAGAAAAAGAGUCCUCCUGUUUUUCCAAAGGAUCUGUCUCAGGAAUUUAAAGCACAUUUAAGACACACACACACUCACAUAACAUAAGGAGGGGGGGAAAAGCUCUUCCCCUCCUCUUCUUGCAGAAAGCAUGGAAGAAAGCUCCAGUUCUCCUGUUUCCCCAGUGGAUAGCUUGGGGACCAGUGAAGAGGAGCUGGAAAGGCAGCCAAAGAGAUUUGGCAGGAAGAGAAGAUACAGUAAGAAGUCCAGCGAAGAUGGCAGCCCCAACCCAGGCAAGAGGGGGAAGAAGUCCAGUCCCAGCUCCCAAUCCUACGAAGAACUGCAGAGCCAGAGGAUCCUGGCCAACGUCAGAGAGAGGCAGAGGACUCAGUCGCUCAACGAAGCGUUUGCCGCCUUGAGGAAAAUCAUCCCCACGCUGCCCUCGGACAAACUGAGUAAAAUCCAGACCCUCAAGCUGGCAGCAAGGUACAUAGACUUCCUCUACCAGGUGCUACAGAGCGACGAGAUGGACAGUAAGAUGACGAGCUGCAGUUACGUGGCUCACGAGAGGCUCAGUUAUGCCUUCUCCGUGUGGAGGAUGGAGGGAGCGUGGUCCAUGUCGGCCUCCCACUAGCCACCGGCUGCCCCCGGGAGUGUCCAGCGUCUGCAACUGAAGUGGAAUUGGGAUUUAUCCAAGUUUGUAGCUUCUGAAACCUUAAAAACCUCAAGUCAACUGGUCCAAAAGACCCCUCUUGACCUCCCUGGCUCUGAACCCUCGGUGGAGCACUUGGACUGAGCAGAAAACAGCACCAAACGGGCUGAAAGUUUGCAACCUCUCCCCCCAAAGCCGCUGACCAGCGAGAAGAGGAGAAGUGACAUUCCUGGCUGUCCGUUGCCGUCGGGUUUCGUGUCUGUCUGUCCCCGGCUUUGGGGUUUUAGUGCCAAUUUUUACUUUUUUUUUUUCUGAAAAAAGCAAACCAAGAGAAAUCUUAAUUCAGGAACGCAUUGAUGAGACAUCUUUGGGUUUGGUUUUACUCCCCUGAACUGUAGCGGGUUUGGGUUGUUUUGGUUUUUUUUUUUCUUUUUUUUUUUUGAGCGAUUUUUUGAAAGUCAAACCCUGAUUUCUUGUACAGUCGUGGCAAAACCGGACCAAGGCUCUCAGAAAAAAUAGGAGAAGAAGGACAAAAGCCCACGGUGUGCCCAGCUCCCUGCAUGAUUUGUGACAAUAAAGCCUGGAUCACAGACUGCCCUCCACACUCUGCCACCUCUCCCUUAUUGCUCCAUGAUUUGCUACAGCUCAUCCUGCUCCCUUUUUUUGUUUUGUUUUUAUUUUUAUUAUUUUUCUUUUUUUUUUUCAGUUCCAGUGUAUAUGUGGCUUAUUUGUUUUAUUUAUUGAGAUAUUUUUAACGAGCUAAGAGACUGCAAUGUUGCUGUGUAUACUGCUUCUCUUGCCAAUAAAAAUAAAGAUGUCAUGCAGCUA